AUGUAUGUUCGUAAUAUCCAUACUGAUGAUGAUCAAGGAAAUUUCCGUUUCAUCCCACUUGAUAUCCAUCUACCAGUUCAAACUGUACCAACCCGUGGUCCUGGUUCAUCAGGGUCUUGUCGAAGGCACAUUACACUAAUACUGGUCAGACGGUGGAUUUGUACUAUGAGUUGUGAGAACCAAGCGAAAUAUAGCAGGAAUGCUCAGUUUAUGGCUCUCCCUGUCACAAAAUUGAAAAAAAAAGGAAAACAAAGUAUUGAACAAUUGAAGAAGGUAAAUUCUAAUUUGGAGCUCAAAGAAUGCUCAGUAUAUGGCUCUCCCUGUCACAAAAUUGAAAAUAAAGAAGGAAAACAAAGUAUUGAACAAUUGAAGAAGGUAAAUUCUAAUUUGGAGCACAAAGUCUUGUCGAAGGCAGAUUGCACUAAACUGGUCAGACGAUGGAUUUGUACUAUGAGUUGUGAGAACCAAGCGAGUUAUAGCAGUUAUAAUAUGGAGUUCGUAAGUGGCAGUGAAGAGGAGGAGGAGACGGUGUUGAAUGAGCGCAAUGUCUCGCGAAGGCAGAUUACACUAAUACUGGUCAGACGAUGGAUUUGUACAAUGAGUUGUGAAAACCAAGCGAAAUAUAGCAGUUACAUGGAGUUAGUGAGUGGUAGUGAAAAGGUGGAGGAGACGGUGUUGAAUGAGCGCAAUUCCAAGAUAAAAGGCCAAUCGCAGCUUUUUAUUUGCAUCGAUGCUGAUUCCUUCUGCGUAGCUGCUAUCAUUGAUACUACCGUUACCACCACUCUUGUCAAUACCGCCGCCGCAAGAUUGGAUUUCCUUUACAAGGAGUCAGUGAGUGGCAGCAAAGAGGAGGAGAAGGCGGAGUUGGAUGAGUGCAAUUCCAGAAAAGAGGCCAAUUGCAGCUUUAUACUUGCAUCGAUGUUGAUCCCUGCCAUCGCUGUAGCUGCCAUCAUUAAUACUACCGUUACCACCACUGUUGUCAAUACCACCACCGCAAUAUUUGGAUGGAUUUUCAAUUAA